UCGGUUUUGGGUCCACGACAUCCUCCUUGGUGACGGACGGGAUUUGGCAACCCCUUGUAAACCCUCUAGUUGACGAAGGCACCAGAAUCAACAUGCUGAAGGCUUCAGCCCUUCUUCUCCUUUGUGGCCUCCUGCCCAUCUGCCAAGGUGGAGCAGAAAACUUGUUAUCUGUGGCCCAGGUGGACAAGGCUGUUCUGGAGAACUUACUCUCAAAUGUCCUGGCCAAAGAUGACCUGCUUCAAGGACUUGCUGGAGGAGUGAGUAAAAAUGUCCUAGGAGGGUUGAAUUGGAGGCCAAGAUGGAGGACUUCUUGGUGGUGUCCUUGGAGGCAAAGAUGGAGGUCUGCUUGGUGGUGUUCUUGGAGGCCAAGAUGGAGGACCACUUGAUGGUGUCCUUGGAGGCAAAGAUGGAGGUCUGCUUGGUGGUGUCCUUGGAGGCAAAGAUGGAGGUCUGCUUGGUGGUGUUCUUGGAGGUCAAGGUGAAGGUCCGCUUGGUGGUGUUCUUGGAGGGCAAGAUGGAGGUCCACUUGGUGGUGUCCUUGGAGGCCAAGGUGGAGGACUUCUUGGUGGUGUCCUUGGAGGCCAAGGUGGAGGUCCACUAGGUGGUGUCCUUGGAGGCCAAGGUGGAGGACUGCUUGGUGGUGUCCUCGGAGGUCCAAAUGGAGGACUUCUUGGUGGUGUCCUUGGACAUGAAGGUCUCCUGGGGUUGAAACUUGUGGAUAUCAUCCUUCCUAAAGUCACCCUGAAGCUUUUUCCAGUUGGACUUGGAUUGAACAUUUACACCAAAAUAGCCCUCAAGGGCAACACGAUUCUGGGGGGCCCGUUGACUCUCCUGGUAGAAGUGAACAUCACAGCCAAAGCCCGGCUGGUCCAGGACAGGAUGGGAUCUCCCAAGCUUCUCCUUGAGAAUUGCAGAACCAAUCUUGGUGGCAUUCGGAUCUUGUCUGGGCUCCUUCCAUUGUCCUUGGACAACGUUCUGAGUGAUCUUUUGAAUAAAGUUGUUCCUGGUUUGCUGUGUCCAGUUGUCGAUGUUGUCCUGAACCUUCUCAACACUGUUCUUGGCACAGUCAACAGUGUGUGUCCGUUCGGCAUUCUUGGACAUCUGCAUUACACUCUGGCUGGCUUGCCACUGUUCAAGGAUCAGCACAUCGUUCUGAAUCUAAACCUUAUGAUGACCAACCACAAUGGCCAACCUGUGGAUCUUCCUGGAGCCCAAAACACCUCUUUGCCUCUGCCUCCUGCGAUGGACCGUACUUCUCAGCUGAUGCUUCCCCUCGACCUCCUUUCCUCGGUGCUCCAGAUGCUCGUAUCAAAAGGAGGGUUCAACGUGGAUCUCACUGAACUGGUGCUCCGUGGCUCUGUUCCAAUGACAACAUCGGCUCUGCAGUCUGUGCUACCUGAGUUGUCUCAACUUGGGACCGAAGAUCUACCCUUGGUGGUCAAGAUUAGAGUCCGUGGCCUUCCAGUGGUGUCUUUGCAAAAUGGGAAAGUCAAGAUCCUGUUGGAUGCUGGCCUCCAAGUGCUCUCCCAGUCAAACUCUAGUCUCACCCCGCUCUUUACCGUGAACACAGGAAUCCACCUGAGUGGAAGCUUCAGUGUUACACGAACCACGCUGGGCAUCUCUCUGGCCUUAGAAAGCGUCUCACUCAGUGUCUCCGGCGUGGGCUCCUUUGAUGAAAAUGCCCUGAAGAACUGGAUCACAAACAUCCUUCAGAUCGGAUACCUGCCUCUGAUGAACGUUGGCCUGAACUUCGGAAUUCCACUCCCGAAUAUUUUCAACCUGAACUUUGCCGAUGGCGUGGUGAAAACCCUGGAUGAGAUGGUGGUGAUCAAUAAGGCCUCUAAAUAAGACCCCGAAGGAAGAAGACUCCACGGCAGAAGAAUGAGCCCCCUUCCCUCGAGCCCUUCUCCAUCCUCGAAGCGAGUGAAUCUCAGCCCAGCCUCACUUUCCCCUCAGUUGCUUCAGCCCAAUUGAGAUUCCACUUUCCUUUGUCCGCCAUGGACAACCUUAUUACCUAACAUUGUAGAGAUCUACCAUCCUCUCUGAGAAUUCAUGACUUGCUUGCCCAAUAAAGGUGUUUACAAUAUA